AUUACUUGUUAAAUAUUUCAUUAUUUUUUUUUCUAAAUUAACGACAAUUUUUCUUCUAUAUGCAACUCAAAAAAUUGUUUUCUUUUCUGCAAAAGGGUUAUACUUACCACUUUACCAGCAACCCCACCUGAUCGACAUUAAGCAUACUUCAUUUCUCAAUAUUUACAUAGUUUAUUAACCAAAACAAGAUCAUUUUAUAUAUUAUUAUGUAUCUAGACAUAAUAAUAUAUAAAAAAGAAAAAAAGAAUGUUGUCAAGAAAAAAGAACGUCAGAGUUUAUGAUUUAGUAAUGAAGAAGUUCAUCAAAAAGCUUGAAGCUGGAGUUCGUGAAAUCUCUUCUAUCUCCAUUCAUCCUGGUGGUGAUAAUGUUAUUGUGGGAAGUAAAGAUGGAAAGUUAUGUUGGUUUGACAUGGAUCUUUCUUCAAAACCUUACAAAGUUCUCAUAUCUCACAAUAAAGACAUAACAAAUGUGGCUUUCCAUCGCAACUACCCUUUGUUUACAGCUUGUUCACAUGAUUCCACAGCAUAUGUUUUCCAUGGCAUGGUCUAUUCAGAUCUGAAUCAUAAUCCUCUUAUUGUUCCUUUGGAGAUUCUUCAUGGCCAUAGAGACACAAAUGGAAGAGGUUUCUUCUAACUUAUCAAUAUGUCCACAAAAUAAAUUUAAACCUUUUUCAUCACCCAACGCAACACAAAGUUCAAAAGAUUAUCAUCAGAUUUGGAAAACAAAUAUAACCGAAUGAAAGCUAAAACUAGUUUGCUAAUUUUCUUUAAAUCGACAAGAGCCUCAUUCAAAGUUGCACUAGUUUGCUAA